AUGGCCGAUGAAGAAUGGAGCGAUCCCGAAUAUGAUGUCCCUCUUCAAAAUAAACGACCAUUUGGAUCAGGACUCAAACGAAAAAGAGUAGUCUUCGUUCCGGCAUCCUCAGGCAACUUGAAAACCACAGAAGAAAAUGCGCCUGUCAAUACUUCACACUCCGUAUCCGAUUUAUAUUUAAGCAUAGUAUUACCCAAAGAUAGGGAAGUUAGCCAGUCUGCAUCAACGGAAGAUUCGGACGCCACCACAUCUCAGAUCUGCGAAAUCUGUCAGUUACCGCUAGAUGAGAAUCCCAAGUCUGGCGAAAAAAUAAAAGCAGAGCCUCGACCACAUGAAGCAUCGAUAGCUCAUCAAGUAUGCAUGGCUCAUUCUCAUCCACCUUCAGCACUAGACCGCUCGCGAAUGGGUCUAAGCGUCCUCCAAUCCCAAGGCUGGGAUCCAGACUCCCGAAAGGGAUUGGGGGUUGAACAGCAAGGCAUGCAAUAUCCCAUCAAAGUGAAGCCAAAGAACGACACCUUAGGAAUAGGUGUUCAGGUACCGAAGAAUCUACCAAUGAAGAAAGAGAAACCAAAGACUUUUGAUGCGAAAAAGAUAAGGAAGAUGGCGUUAGAGGAUAAGAAACGGCAUGAGAAGCUCCGAAGACAAUUCUAUGGCAACCCGGAUGUGGAGAGAUAUUUGGGAACAGGUUGA